AUGGCGAAGACGGAGUUUACCAAAAAGGUGGAAAAAGGGAUGUACAAGUAUGGACUCAGGUACACAAUACAGGAACACGACCACAACUACGACCAGGAACAUGACCACAACUACGACCAGGAACACGACCACAACUACGACCAGGAACACGACCACAACUACGUCCAGGAACACGACCACAACUACGUCCAGGAACACGACCACAACUACGUCCAGGAACACGACCACAACUACGUCCAGGAACAUGACCACAACUACGUCCAGGAACACGACCACAACUACGUCCAGGAACACGACCACAACUACGAACACGACCACAACUUCGUCCAGGAACAUGACCACAACUUCGUCAGGAACAUGACCACAACUACGACCGAGGAACACGACCACAACUACGACCAGGAACAUGACCACAACUACGUCCAGGAACACGACCACAACUUCGUCCAGAAACACGACCACAACUACGUCCAGGAACACGACCACAACUAG